AUGUUCAAAUACGUAGUUUUCGCUCUUUUUGUGGCUUCGGCCAUCGCAACAGCUCCAAGCUCUGACUUGGACUGCAACGAGUCAGCUGAUAUGCUGACUUGCUUAGCAGUCAAGGCUAGCUCAACCCUUGAGAGGGCUGCAAGGUCAGCUGAUAUCAACAUCAUCGAUGGAGUCACCUUCGUCAGAGACACCCCAGUCGAACGCACCGGAAAAGCAUUGAAAUCCGAAUCUGAAAUCAUGUCCGAAUUGCCAGCCGAUUCGACCGAAAAAGCCAUGGCUGUCGCCACCAUGAUGUACGAUAACGCCGUCAACUUCCUCCAAAGCCACAGUUUGAACGUCGAUAUGUCAGAAGCUCGCCACCUCAACGUUCUCGACAUCUUAUCGCACUCACACAUCGUCCCAAGCAAAAAGCUCAAGAAAAUGUUAUCUCCUCUGAUGUCCAUCAUCGGCGUCAAAGUCUUCGCUCUUGCUCCAAUUGUCCUCGGCAAAUUAGCUCUCUUGGUUGGCAAAGCCAUCUUCUUCAGCAAAGUCGCCCUUCUGAUCGCUGGAGUCCUUCUGUUCCAAAAAUUCUUCGGUGCUGGUAGCCAACUCGCCGGUGGAUUCCCAGGUGGUCUCUUCGGCAAGAACAACGUAGCCCAACAAUACAACUACGAACCAGCCACCUAUGCCCAGGCUGGAGCUGGUGCAUACUCUGCUGGAUACCAGAGAUCUUUGGAUGCCCAACAGCUCGCUUACUCCGCACAAGCACCUGCUCAAUAA